GUUAACUUAUGGAAGGAUGGAAGGAUCGUUGAGUCAUGCUAUUUCUGUUGAUUCACAGUAAAGUGUCUAAAAGAAGAGAGAAACUAUGGUGUAUUUACUGAUACUGAUCUAGUGAACAGUAAAGUGUUUGUGCUUGGAUAAGGUGUGGCACAGCGCUGUCCCCUGCAGGUGUGCAGCAGCAGCAGCAGCAGCAGCAGCAGCGAAGAGUCUGAUUACAAACUCUAGAACACAGAGCAGAAAUCCUCCGGUAAGGAUUGGGAGAGUGAGAGGAAGAUGAACUGGGGUUUUCUGGAGAACGUCCUCAGUGGGGUGAACAAGUACUCUACUGUGAUUGGGCGGAUCUGGCUCUCUGUGGUCUUCCUCUUCAGGAUUUUGGUGUAUGUGGCAGCAGCUGAGCAGGUGUGGAAGGAUGAGCAGAAGGAUUUUGUGUGCAACACCAAGCAGCCCGGCUGCGAGAACGUCUGCUUCGACCACUUCUUCCCAAUCUCACAGGUGCGUCUGUGGGCUCUGCAGCUCAUCAUGGUGUCCACCCCGUCCCUGCUGGUUGCCCUGCACGUGGCCUACAGGGAGCGCAGGGAGGCCAAGCACAAGCGGAAACUGUACCAGGACAAAGGGAGCAUUGAUGGAGGUCUGUUCUGCACCUACGCACUCAGCCUGGUCUUUAAGAUAGCGUUUGAGGUGGGCUUCCUGCUCACGUUCUACUACCUAUACAAUGGUUUUGAGGUGCCUGCUCUGCUCCAGUGCAGCCAGAGUCCUUGUCCCAACACAGUGGACUGUUACAUUUCCAAACCCACAGAGAAGAAGAUAUUCCUCUACAUUAUGGGCUGUGCUUCUAUUUUGUGUAUCACUCUGAAUUUUGCGGAGCUUCUCUACAUCACAUGGAAGAAGUUGUGGAGAUGUUUCAGCAGAAGCUUCAUCCCUGGGAAGGAGAAUGCUUUCAUCCACAGUCAACCUGUGUCUGUAAAGCCCACAGGAAACGGUGAGGACAGCAGCACACAGCCUGCAUGCACCACUGACAACCAACCUGUUCACAACCAGGAGUGAAGCCUGUAGGCGGAGCCUGUGUUUACCUGAAAACAGCACUCACACUCCCAUGUCAAACACAUGUCAUGGCUCUGUUACAGAGAACAGACUUUACUCAUCUCAUCUGUUAUAAAUAUGAACUCCAUACACCC